AUGUCUAGUAGCAUUGCGUAUUUGACAUCGAGGGCAAACUUCAUGCAAGUCAGUGAGGAUGUACCGGUCACGAAAGCCAGAAAUCCGGAGAAAGUCGACUCUCCGGAUGUCUUCGAAGAGAAUAAAAAAGAGCUGGUCACGGAUUUGCUAGUGAAGGCGAAACAGGUCGAGUAUUUGAUAAACUCGCUUCCAGAGCCGGAGUCUGAGGAAGCUCAGGCGAUGCGCUUGCAGGACCUCGAACGUCAGAUGACCGAAGCUGACGACGACUACGUACGGGCCGUAAAUCGCGCAAAAAACUUGCACCGACGGAUAUCGGAAGUGUUGCGAGACAUGCUCGACGAGCCAGACGGACUGGAUAAUCCAGGGUAAAUCGCUUUUUUCGGGCCAGUCUAACGACCAGCGGAGCUGCGCGCGAAGUACUGUUUGUUUGGGCCACGCAUGUAUAUAGACAGGUCAAGACUGGCAUAUGUAUAGCACCGACACUUGAUAUUUGUGGCAUUAUAGAUAUUGCCGUCAAGCAUUUCAGCGUUCAUACAUGGGCCGUGAAUGGUUAGCUUAAGCAGAUUGUCGCCUCAACGUCACUUCAAUUCGUAUAUACACACUCUAGCACUUAAGGCGCUCCGCUUUCGCUAUAUGACCGGGGUACCCCGCAUAGAAAGCAUAAGGUACCACCGGAUUUCUUGGAAG